AUGUCCAACAGCAGCUCCAUCAGGCACUUCCUCCUGCUGGCAUUGGCAGACACGCGGCAGCUGCAGCUCCUGCACUUCUGCCUCUUGCUGGGCAUCUCCCUGGCUGCCCUCCUGGGCAACGGCCUCAUCAUCAGCGCCGUAGCCUGCGGCCACCACCUGCACACGCCCAUGUUCUUCUUCCUGCUCAACCUGGCCUUCAGCGACCUGGGCUCCAUCUGCACCACUGUCCCCAAAGCCAUGCACAAUUCCCUCUGGCACACCAGGAACAUCUCCUACUCCGGAUGUGCUGCUCAGCUCUUUUUCUUUAUGUUCUUCACCUCAGCAGAGAUUUCCCUCCUGACUGUCAUGUGCUAUGACCGCUACGUGUCCAUCUGCAAACCCCUGCACUACGGGACCCUCCUGGGCAGCAGAGCUUGUGCCCACAUGGCAGCAGCUGCCUGGGCCAGUGCCUUUCUCAAUGCUGUCAUGCACACAGCCAAUACAUUUUCCCUGCCCCUGUGCCAUGGCAAUGUCCUGGGCCAGUUCUUCUGUGAAAUCCCACAGAUCCUCAAGCUCUCCUGCUCACGCUCCAACUUUCUCAGGGAACUUGGUCUCAUUGCUGUUAGUGCCUGUUUAGGUUUUGGUUGUUUUGUGUUCAUUGUUUUCUCCUAUGUGCAGAUCUUCAGGGCUGUGCUGAGGAUCCCCUCUGAGCAGGGACGGCACAAAGCCUUUUCCACCUGCCUCCCUCACUUGUCCGUGGUCUCCCUGUUUGUCAGUACUGGCAUAUUUACCUACUUGAAGCCCCCCUCCAUCUCCUCCCCAUCCCUGGAUCUGGCCCUAUCAAUUCUGUACUCAGUGGUGCCUCCAGCCCUGAACCCCCUCAUUUACAGCCUGAGGAACCCGGAGCUCAAGGCUGCAGUGUGGGCACUGAUGACUGGAUGGUAUCAGAAACAUUAA